GCAACCUGUACCAAUAAGGAAAAUGAAAGUUUAAUUGUGUGAAGGUUAUUCCAUAGUUUAUUCAAGUAUUUUCAACACAUAAUCUAAUUCAAGUGGUUGUCGGUGCCCCUAACUCUGUUAUCCUUGACACUUGAUGACCUGUGACCAUUAUUAGGAACAUGAUGCCAUUUCAGCGCAGACAUUCGGAUUACAUCAUUCCAAAGUACAUUUUGUAUCUAGUUCUACUUUUAUCACCUGGCUUAAUAGAUUCCCAAGUAUCUGCAGGUACUACGUAUUCCGGCAAGACUUCCAAGAAGAUGUCUAAUACAACUAACAUUCCUGAUGCAAAUGACAUCUCAAAUUCAACAGGUGUUGUGAAGAACACUACACGUGGUGACAAUGCAACAUAUGUUUCAUCUCCUGGUGCAGAAUUUGUUGAAGGUAUCGACAGAUCAGCAUCAAGUCCACUGGUUAGUUCUGGACAGACACUCACCACUGGUUCCAGAAGAAAGCCUACAGUCAAACCACUCACUUCAGAUACGUUGAAGCCUCGAAACAAAACCGAGCACUAUCAGCAGACGUACGAUGUCGAAUCAUGGCUUUCCGAAAAGAAUACCACGUAUCUGUCUGGUCGUGACGGUAACAUGUUUUUAGGUGUCGCAGUAUUCGCUGCCCUGGCCUUUGCAAUCUUCCUGUGCAUAAAGGUUGGUUCAUGGUUGUAUGAUAGUGAUUGUCUGUGUUGUUCUACCAUGUGUACGUCCAAGAGGUAUGUCCUUGUAGAAAGCGGUACAAAAGUAAUGACGAAAUGUUAUGAAUGUUGCUUAAAAGCCGUGGAAAAUGGCACCUAAAUGUAGCUAAAUGCUCUCUGGAAAAAACAUUCCACCGGUAGAUAUCGGCAAUCGAACUUAUUUCUAAAAAACAUCAGACAUAUGAACAGUUGUAAAUAGUUUUUUUUUAAAUGUUAUAAAUGUGUUGUCAAAAUAUAAAAGUAGGUUUAUUCACUGUCAUUGGUGUUACGAUCGUAUUUAUGUAAUGGUUAAUAAUUUUAAGAAACUUUUUGUAUGUUAUUGUAGACAUUAUGCACCUGUUUGUCAUUGGUGUUACCAGGUACUGAGUAACACCAAUGACCAUUAGUAACACCAAUAACAAUGCGUUUGAAUAAGAUGCCGUUUUCUUCGCUUUGCAUAUUUUUAAAGAAGAUUUGAAAAUUAAAGGGACUUUGGAUAAAAUAAAUGUUUUGCUGGAAUGUAAAGAGUAUUUCGUCAACGUCCCUAACUGCGUUAUGCUUGGUUCGCGCAAUUAACA